AUGGCCUCCAGUGGCGUUGACACCCAUCAACAUGUUAAUCACGGCCACCUGGCGGAAUCUAUCAAAGCCGAAAUUAUUUUGACGACAACUGAUAAAGAUAGGGUGCUCCUUUGGAAAAGUGAUGUUAGAGAUCAAUGGAAAUUACCUUGGUUUGUUCUAAAGGAAAAUGAAAGUUUUCGUCAAGGAAUAGAUAGAUGGUGUUUGGAUCAACUGGUAUAUAUUUAAAGUCCUUUCGAGCAUGCUAAGUGUUUGUACAAAGCCGAAGUCUGAUAGAAGUCUGAUAGUGUCAUUGGAUCUUUAUCUUUUGUUUUUUCAAUGGAUCUCAACAAAUGACCAGUUUAUUAUAUCGUUAACUUGUCACAUUUUUCUAUUAAAAAAUGACCAAAAAACUCAGCUCUUGAGAAAGAUCGUGUAAAAUAAAGAGGUUAUAUUUGCUUGUCUCUUAGAGCCUGGGUUGUGGCUCGUACUCUGUCAAACCAGUUUAGAUGGGGGGUGAAGAGCGAGUUCUAUGGUCCAAAAUAUUGACACAGAAAGUAAACAAAUAAAGCAAACAUUAGCAAACGAGCGAACAAACAAGUAGCAAGAGGGGAGAAAUGGCGGUAAACAAAUUGGCUGGAGGGCAAUGACUAUGACUGAAAAAUUUUGGAAUACAUUGGAGGAAAAUCUGGUUUAAAACAAAAACAUUAGUAAAUAAUGAUAAUAAUAAUAAUAAUAAUAAUAAUGAUAAUAAUAAUAGUAAUAAUAAUGGUAAAGAUGGUAAGGAGAUAAGAUAAUAAUAAACUUUUUUCUCUCUGGUCCCAACAAGGACAUUAGAGGUAGAGGGGAAAAAAGAAAAGCAUGAGCCAGUUAUUAGUUAUCAUACUCUUGCACAAAGCUGGUCUGGUCAGGGGUUUAAGGCUUGUACACUACAGGAAGAUAUUAUGUCUGAUGUGCUUUUAUAUUAUUUGGACUUUGACCUGCUUAACAUGAUUGUUUCCACUGGUUUAGGAAAUUAAACCUUGUGCUUGUGCUUUAGAAGUUGACUGGCACAAGCAAUGAUUAUAAAGAAGUGUUCCUCCAUGUACUUGAACUGCUCGGUUUUAAAAAAUGAAACUGAUGAUAUUAACUGUGACAUUAAUUUUAGGCACAUGGUAUGUAUGUGAUUGCAGGGGGGCCACAUACUGUUAUUAAGUCAAAUGAUCAUUCUUUUAGGGUGAGGAUGUUAAAGUAGACCUUCAUGGUGUGGCUGGUGUCAAACACAGCAUAUGUGCUGGCAAAGGAGGAUCUCUGACAUUAAUAUUUCAUGUGUCUUGCACAAACUGCCACAACAUUGACCAGUUGAGAAAAAAUAUUUGUGAUGACACAGCUUCAUCCAAUGAGCUUAGUGAAUCAAAUAGUACAUGUGGUACAUUAGCUGACUCCAGUGGUUCAUUGUUUAAGUGGAUCUCCGAUUCUGAGAAGCAAAGUGUGGAUGUAGAAGAAGAUGUCUGUAAAUGGAUUAAAAAGGCAUCAAGUCAAGGUAGACACAUAAUUUGUGUAUUCAGUUAUCAUUGUGCACAUGAGACACCAAUCCUACAUGGAUGAAAAAGUAAUCAAGCCGGUCCUUGAUGAAGCAUAUGAGUUGCUAAAGGAGUACUCCAUCAAUUAAGUAGUAUUAUAUAAUACACUUAUUACCCUUUAACUCCCAAGAAUGACCAAGACAGAAUUUCUCCUUACAAUAUCAAUAAAAUAUCAAACAGAUAAGUUACAAGAAUAAAGAAAAAUAUCAAUUUGGGGAUAAUUAGUUGAUCCAAUAUUGAAUUCUCUGAAUUAACAUCAUAAGAAUUGUAUGGUUGACUUUAAGGAGAAUUACAAAUUUGAUCUGGAAGUUGAAGGGUUUAUUACACUUAAAUUCUGAUUGGUUCUUACUUGUGAUGUAUAGGAGGACAGAUGCAUAGAUGACAUCAUCAUUGACAGUUUUUUGCUUUUUUAUUAUAUUAAUAAAACAAAUAGAUUCCAUGUUGCUCUGAGUGUUUACAAUAACAGAUCACAGGAGAUAUGAAAAUGUGGUAGGAACAUCAGUGAUGAACUUGGCAGCACCUCUUGUACCUUUUUUUUUGUUCUAACCACAUUUAGAUGUCAUUUGUGAUCUGUUUCUGUAAAGAUGCAUGGCAACAUUGAAUCUUUAGGUUGACUGGAUAGUUUUUAUAGUCACAAACCUUUUCAGAAUAAGUUAUAAAUCAGUGAAUGUGUUGAUUUCUCUUGUGCUCUUUUGUCAGUCAUGCAAGGUCUGCUUUCUUGCUCCUUUUUUUAGCCUCUUCAUUGUUUAAGUUGCAUUUUUUUAUUUGGGAAGGUUGGGUGGUUUCAAGAAAAUUUGGAACAGAUGAGUGGUUUAGAAAGCAUGGUCUGGAGAGAGGUCUGGGCUCUAUUAGGAAAUAUUGAAGGUUGAGACUUCAGCAGUUGAAUUUUCCUGAAUGUAUAGGUGUAUUCCAAUUUAUGUUGCUUUGUUUUCCCUAGAUUUUCACCAAUUUGAAGAGAAUUACAUGUGUGUUAGGAGUACAAUACAAUGAUACUUAUGCAAGGCUACAAGCCCAUAGCCAGUAAAUUUUAGGCUGGUUUGAGUUUGUUGUUGAUUGUUGUCCUGGCUUGGAUGGUUUUUCUCUGGCCCUGAGGGUUUCCCUCCCUCCACAAAAACCAACUUUCCAAAUUUCAAUUGACUCAAAAAUAAUGGACAGAAAGAAGCACUUCUUCUAAAUUAUUAUUAUUAUUAUUACAAUUAUUAUUAUCAUCAUUAUUAUUAUUAUCAUUAUUAUUAUUAUUAUUAUUAUACCGGAAGCUAUCAUUGAAAAUCCUCUGGGAAGGUGCCUCUCUCUUCAGUAUUGACUUAAGGUUGUUUCUUUUUCUUCUUUCUUUCUUUCUUUCCAGAAUUAAAAGUUUUAGAAGUAUUAGAAGUGUUUGACAGUGGUUCUGGUUUACUUCAAGACCAAACAAAAGCUGAGAGAAGUUCUGAAAGUACUGUAGAAAACAAUAGAGAUGCCAGUACAUGUACAUUACAAAGAAAGGGUAUUUCUGGGUCAAAUUCUCAUCCAAAAUUAUGUAAAGUUCCUGCUGAGGGAAACUUCCAGUCUUUGGAACAAGUUCAACCAGAAAAGCAACAGAACUCAAGUGGUCAAAUGUUGAAAAGUGUUGGUGCAUGGAAGAUUCCUCACCGAGCUGCAAAAGAUAUUCUUGUCUCUGCUUUGGAAAAACUUGUGGAGUCAGCCCAUUUUGGAAAACUAGGUAAACACAAGAAUGGAACUCACAUAAUUUAUGUAAUUGAUAACUGCAUCUUUGUGAGGAUGUUUUCAUUUAUUGUAUCAUCAUCCUAAGAAAAUUUCUAGGUUGGUUGUGGUUGUUUGGUAAAAUAAUUAGUUUAUAAUGUUAGAUCUUCUUGUUUGGUUAAUUUGUUGUAUAAAUGUUGUGAAUGAAUCAUUGGUAUGGUGCUUGCACCUGCAUACUAAUAAUUCAGUUUAUGUGAAGCAGACUUAAACAGUUGACUGACAACAAAUCUAACUCUCUCAAUGGUGAUAGUGACCUCUACUUAGGUUGUUCAAAUGCCAGUCAUGGCCACCAACAACUGUCCCUCUUAGGACUAUCCUUACCUGGAGGACUAUCCUUACCUGGACAGUCAAAAUAUACAAUCAAAUAUUACCACUGAGUUCAAGCUUAAAGAAGUGUUUCGAUAAGUCUUGUUUGUGGAUUCAAUUUCCAGCAAAAAAAGGUUUGCAAACCAGUUCACAAUAAUUCUACCUGCAAUAUCUAAUGCAACUGGAAGUAUUGCAAGACCAGCAAUGUUUUAAUUGAAGAAUAAAGGAGCUCAAAGGCUCAGGACUUUCAGAUGGUGCUACUGCACAUUCAGUAAUUCUAUCCAGUACAUCCCGGCUUGGGUGGGAUAAUAUAUUUUUAUUUUAAAAGAAUAAGAGAGAUGGUAAGUUUUGAGCUCGGUAUAGAAAUAGAGAAAGAUGCUUUUUUGGUCUAUUCACAUGUGUGGGACAAAGAAAAAAUUCUGGGUCCUCAUGGCAGAUUGAACCUCAAACCUUUGGAUUCUGCACUCUGAUGCUCCACCACUGAGCCAAAGAGACUCCAUGGUGAGCGAGACCAUGUACAAAGUUCACAUGACAUGUGUCCUGCAUGCUGCUAGGAUCAGCAAUGUUGAUAGCGUCAUGUUUGUAAAUAGAACAGGGAAUCCAAAGGUCUGAGGUUCAAUCCUCUUGGGAACUCAGAAUUUUUUCUAUGUCCCAGGCAGGUGAUGAGACAGAAAAACUAUUUUCUUUCUAUCUUUGUAUUUUGUUCUUAGUCAUGAAUUAUAAACAAGGCCCAGGAAGGUCCAUUGACAGGGACAUUGAGCUAAAUUUUUCCCCUCCCUGUCCUCCCACUCAGUCAAUAAAUUCAUAAUACUGUGGUUUGAAACAAAAUGCAUUUCUCAAUAUUUUGUACUUGCUCUGCAGAAAAAGAAUUCCUCCAAAGAAAAUUUGAUAAGUAUUGUGAUGGACUUAAGGAAAUAAAGUUUGAAGGAUUUUCUUUACUUAUGAAAGAGCUUGGAGUGACAGCAGGACUCAAAGACUUAUUCAGGUAAAAGGAGAUUGAGAUUGUAAAAUCAUGUUGUGGCAAGUGAAAGUUUUUCUUGAAAGUGAUUCUAGUGUGUUUGGGUUUGUUUCACCCUAUAUAUACAAACAAAAUUGAGAUGCAAAUCAAUACUACCAAAGUGGUAAAUAAAUCCCUCACACUCUAGGUUAAUUCCCUAGUUUGAAAUGUCACUUGUACUUUAACUUUUCAUUAGCUCCUCAUGACUUUCUCCCUUUAAUGCUCCAAUUUUUCAUAAUUUUGAACACAUAUAUAUCUAAGAUUUAUCACUUAAUCUAAAAUAGCUUCAAAUUGCUUGCACAUACAAGUUUGUAAAUGAGUUUUUUCAAUUUAACUAAUCAACAUUUGAGUCAAAUAGAAGAGGUUUUGAAUCAAAUCUACACUACCCAUACAUUUAAGUCCUUGUUACCUGAAUGUUUAGUUGUGACAGUUAAAAAUUUUUUCACCGAAAACAUUUUAAUCUUUGAUAUUCAGGGCAUUUGACUGGAACAAUCAUGGGCAAUUGACAUAUCAAGAAGUGCUCUCUGGAGUGGCAGCCAUGGAUCCCUCCACACCUCAUGGGGGGCCAUCUGGGGAGUUACGUUGUCGGUACAUAUUCAGGUUUUAUUCUGCUGAGCAAGAAUCUUGUCUCUCCUUUGAAGGAUUCAAGUGAGUAGUUCUUUUAGUACUGCUUGACCGUCUUAAGAUGGUUUUGAGGGACUAUCAUGGCCUAAGUAUAGUUAAAUCCUCCUAUGUAACCAAAAAUUUAAUGGUCACUCAAUGACUGACUCAAAUUUCUUUCUUUAUACUUCUGUCAAUCAAAGCCUGAUGAAGUAGCCCCCUGUCCAUAGAGUGCAGCCAUGGUCAUCUGAGCUUAAUCCUGCCCAGAAUUUUCCUCUUAAUUUUUCUCUUACUCAUCAUACCAAGAGGCCACCCAGAUGUACAGUUUGACUAUGUAGAAUUAGAAAAUGAAGACUGUGGUUGUAAGAACUAGAUGCAGUAGCUUUAGAUUUAGUUACACCCCUAAAAAUAGUAAUUAAAGCUAAAAAAUGGAUCUUAAUCCCUAACACCCUAACAUCAUAUGCAUAUUCUCCAUACUGAUCUCUAUGCAUUUCCUAAGGUGCUGAUAAGGAGAAUUUGUUUAAAAAUUAAGAUCUUCUUUAGUUAGUGAUCAUUUCCUUUAUUCUUUUGAGGUUAAUGUUUGAUUCAAGGAUGAUUGUCUGGAGAAAUAAGAUGCUAGUCACUCUUAGGGGUCAAUUAAGCUUAAGUCAAAAUUACUUGCACAAGUCUUGGAGUUCAAAAUUAAUGUAGACCCAAAUGAAACCUUUCGCAGAGUUUAGGCCAGGAAUAUUAGAGGAAACUGUGAUAAAUAAGGUAGACAUGCAAACUAAUUUAUUGACUGAAAAAGUGAUGUAUUUGGCCAUGUGCUGCAAAAUUAUCUAUAAUAAUUAUAUCACUUGCAUCAUACCAAAAUGUUCAUCAGAGGUAUGACGUCAUUUUCACAUCACAGGUCUAUGGUAAAAGAUAUUCAGCUGUUAAAAAAGGGAAGUGCCAAAGAGGAUGUUGUUUUAAAAGAAGCCAGAAUUAAAGCUAAGUAUGUAAAGCAAUUCUUAACAUAAUGGCUUAGCUGCUUAACUGAAUUGAAUUCCUGAACUGUCAAUGUCAUUGUUGGGGAAAUAGUUACUUCACAAGCUAAUGUAGACUGAUAAAAAGGUUGGAAUAAUUAAGGUAAAUUACUCCUUCUUUCCCUCAUUCCAUUCAUAAAUAAGUACUUUUAUUAAACUCUUUCUAUACCAUAAGCUUAAAGAGUUACAUCACUCUGGUUGGAUAUCCUCACAUUAUACAUUGUAUGGAGAACCACCCUUGUAGAUUGUAAGCCAUCUCAGUUUGAUAACCUUACUUUUUCUGAUUUCUUCUCUUGGAUUUUAUUUGGCUGGUAGAAUGACAAAAUACUCACUGCAUCUUUAAAAAAAAAAAUUAUGUGUGGGUGCAUGACCAGGGACUUUACUUAAAGCUUACAGAGGGCUUAGCUGACCAAGAAGUAAUCUUUUAUCUGGAUCUGGAGUACAGAGUGAUUUAUGAAAAUUUUUACCUUGGUUCUAAGGGGUUUCUAUUUUCUAUUUGUGUUUUUGCAUAAAUUCAGAAUGUUUGGAUCAGGACCUUCAGACAAACUAUUCUUAGUGGAUUUUUUAGAAGCUGUGGGCAAUCUUAGAUUUCGUGGGACAUCUGUGCUGUUACGUCUGCCUGUGUCAAUCAUUAAACUUGCUCAAGAUGAAAUGUAUGAAAGCCUUACUCAGGAGAGGACAUCGGUGACCACCAGGUAUACAAAUUUUGAGGAUGAGUAAUUAUCGUUGGUAUUAGUUUUGCCCAGUUACUGUAACCCAGGGCUUUCUGCCAGAAUAAACAUUCCUUUUUUUGAAUCAGACAUCACUUUCGAUUAUUGAGUCUUGAUCAGUCUUCAUUUCUUAUAUUCUAAGAGACGAGAUGUGCUCAAUUUUCUGUACAGUUUGAAUUUUGAUAUGAUUGGUUUACAUGCAAAACAGAUCCCAAUCUCCAGUGAAGAAGAGACGGAUUGAGGAAAUGGACGACAGCAUGGAAUUUCAAGGAAGUAACUUGACAUUUGGGUGUGUAAUCUUUGUAAAUUAGAUGCAAACCUAUUUUGUACUUUGGAAUAUUUACUUUCUAAUAUGAAGCCCUUUUCAAUUGAGUCUCGUUAAACCAAAAUGAAAAUAAUCGCAACGGCCAAUCAGAAUAGAGGAAAAUACCCUACAGAGCCAAUGAGAACUCAAAGUAAAAACAGCCAAACUGCCGAAAGCGCGGGAAAACGCGGGCGACCUAUACGUGUUUGGUUUCAGUUUUGCAUCUGAUUGGUGGAGAGAGUGAUGCGAGGCUUUUGAACCGAUCACAGACCGAAAUAAAGUAAAACUAAUGCAAUUUCGGAUUAACUACUUCCGAGAUUCUAUCGAAAAUUGCUCUAUAAUGGGAUACUUGAAAGAAGAAAAAGUACUCGAAAAGAUAAAGAAAAAUGUUUGGACGUCUUCAACUCUCAAAAUAGUGUAAACGUCAAAAGAAUUCACUAGAUUACUUAUUGGUGUAAAUGUUAAACAAGAACACUUUGCAAAUCAUUUCCUGAGCCACAGCGACUACGUUACUUGAACUAAAAGCACACAGAGCAGUUGUUAGGCGAAAACAAUUAGCUAGGGACACAAGGGUUGAUUGGUGCCAUUUGUUUACUUAAAGAGCUGUAACAGAUAUUCAAUACGAACUUGCCACUCACACGGUCAAGGUGCGUCGAAGUGGAAUGCUGAGUGACGUCAGUGUAAUGUGGGAUAUGAAAAACACCGCCAUGGUAUCGGGGAGUGCUCAGAGUGAACUGCAAACUAAUAAACUCAAGAUUGCGCGGCUGCCUUCAAUCAACUGCUUCAACAAGGUGUGUGAUAUUCAUCAUUGAAGUCUGUGAAAUAAAGUGCAUUUUGAUGUAGUGUCUUGUGUCAAAGUUGUGCAUAAAAGCUAUCUCGCAGGUGGACUGCAAUUUUUUAAUUGCAGAAAGGAAGCCUGAAAAUGAUUCGACGGGAUUCAAACCGAUGCCUGCCAGAUUUUUUUCGGGCGCUACUUAAAUCAAAGUUAUUACAAAGGUCGUUCAGAUGAAAAUAUCUGAAGAGCCAGUGGGAUUUUAGGGUGAAAAUAGGCAGACUACCUGAAGCGCGAGAGAUAAUGAAUGACCAAGUCUUACUUGAUUUUAGUUCAUUAUUACACGCCUAUGAUUUCAGCCCAAAUUGCACUCCACUCAGUUCAAUUACCAUCAUGUAUCUGUUUUACAGAAUGGCGCGAGAAUUCCAGACCAAUUGCAAGGCGGGCAAAAAAACGGCUAACGAUCACGGGCUGCUAUCGUCACUGCCAUAAAAUUGCAAUAGAUUAUCAACAAACAGAUUUCAAAUAUUUUUGUCUUCAUUUAACAUAUUGUAACAGAGACUUCUUUACCCUUUACACUCUAACAUCAGUAUGCAUAUUCUCCAUACUGUCUCACAUACAUCCCCUAAGGAGCUGACAAUGAGAAUUUGUUUAACAAUCAAGAGCUUCUUUAGUUGGUGAUCAUUUCCAUUAUUCUUGUGACCCUAAUGUUUGAUUCAGGGGUGAGAGAGUAAGGAGAAAUUAGGUACUAGUCACUCUUAGAAGUUGAAGAGUUAGUGGGGAGACAAGUGCAACAAUAUUGAAAGGUAAACAUGGAAGUAAUCCGUUUGUUUGAUUUAUAACCAUUCAGCAAUCAGAUGCCAAUCAAAUGCUAUCCGCCCUAAGGUACUUUGAGCGUGCAAUAAAGUCAGCAGAUACAUCCAAGGAAAGUUUUAACUGGGGUUUGGUGGAAAUGCCUUCCUUGGGGAACUGUUUGUUGUGUAUCUGUCGAACUCUGCUGGAGAUAAUAAAAAAGGAACCUCGGCUCAUCAGAGUCCAUUCCCCCACCUACGUAGUCGGUGAGUCUCUAUAAAGGUAGAUUGAUGGUGAGUUUUUGGAUGUGUCUGACUUGUAAUAAUUUUUGUUUUGGUCGGAAAAUGCAUUUACACUGUCUUGGAAUCUUUUUUUUUGUGUGCUGUGUUCGUCUUAGACAAGCCCUUUGUUAAGUUUUUUUUUUCAAUUAAGGUUGGUUAACGCCGUUUUGCACUUUAGAAAAUGCUAGGUAGAGAUGAAAGAUCUUUUUAAAUUUGGAGAAAAGCUAUAGCGUGAGAUGCACUGUCGAGUAAAAAUUAAAACUAUGUCGAAGGGCUAGGAUAACCAGCAUUACUCCAUAAUUUGGUUGAAUGUUUGCGCUCUAUGGUUGGCGUGGAGAUUUCACGCGACCUUCUUAACAAAUCAGAUGCAAAACUAAAACCAAGUGCGACUUGGUCACUCGUAUUUUCCGGCACUACAGGACGUUUUUGUGUUUCACUUUGUGAUGUUAUAGACUAUUUGUUAUAUUUUCCUUUUAUCUGACUGGUCGUUGGUGAUGAGCAGUAAGCUUGGGUAGCUGGUGGGGUUUUGGUGCUUUGAUGCUUUAUGAAAGCGAAGGUUACGUAGCAGAGAAAACAAACAAGAAUUUUGCUGCCGAACGGUACAUAGCGCACAGAAACCACCAGUUAUGCUGGUUUACAGCAUUUUUGAAAUGAUGUGUAACUUGUUACUGUUUGAUUUCAUUUUACUUUUCAUACAAGUGCGAUGUUUGAUCUUCAGGUGAUCUUCAUGGUAAUUUUCGUGAUUUGGUGUGUUUUGAGAAGGUUCUUUGGCGUAUGGGCCCCGUUCUAACACCAGCUAGUUUCAUGUUCCUGGGGGACUAUGUCGAUCGAGGGGAGAAUGGAGUAGAGGUACAAUUCUUCUUGUUUGAUGGUGUAAUCUUAGUAUUCCCCAAUUUUUUCUCAAUUUUUUCUGUAAGACGGUUUGAUAAUAAUUUAACUUUGAUUAAUUUUCAACCACGCGUUAGAACAACAACCUUAGCAUUAGAACAAUGGAUUUUGUUGAAGUAACUAAUCUGUCCGCAUCCUGUUUGGUUGGCUGACUCACCAACUGCGGCUUAUCUUAUUGAUCGACCGACCGACUAGUCGACGGACUGACUGUUAAUCUUACUCACCGACUGCGUGGCUGAUUGACUGACUGACUGUUUAUCUUAGUUUCUGACUAACUGUUUAUCUUACUCACUGACUGAGUGACUGUUUAUGUUACUCACUGACUGACUGUUCAUCUUACUCACUGACCGACUGGCUGACUGACUGACUCAUUAUUAAGCUCCAUUUCCUCGAGUCUGUUCAGUCUUCCUUUGUCCAAUUGAUUGACAUCAAUGAUUAACCUCUCCUAGCUGCAUCACUUGUCUUCCCCUUUUUUUAAACAGUUGGGGCCAGUUGAUGAUAGAUACUUAAUCAAAAGCAUAAAGAGGUUAUGAAUGACUAUAACCGUUUAUUCGGGGGACUUACUUCACCGUUUACAACAAAUCCACACCCAAGUAAUUGAAACUCAAGUAAAAACAUUGUUUCACUCUCCAAUGUAUAAAAUCUGUUCAUGUCCGGCGUUCUUGGCAGGUUAUCUCAUACCUCUUUGCUCAGAAGGUGUUAGCCCCAUCGAAAUUUGUCCUGAUCCGAGGGAACCACGAGAUUAGAGACAUUCAGAAAAUGUUCACUUUUCACAGGUUUGUUGAAGUUAAUAUUGGUAUCACAAACAUUAAAUCAUUAUCUCUGUUGAGACGGAGCCUCGGUUCUAAACCAGGGAAGGAACAUACGCGUAUUAGGGGGGAAGUUCUUGCAGAAACUGUGGUGCUGCGACGGUGGGAGAGUAUAACAGGGUAAUUUAGUCUUCUCAGCUGAGUUGAUAACGUAAAUUACCACCGUAAAGAGUUUAGAAGCUGACGUUUCGAGCGUUAGCCCUUCGACGGAGCGAUUAAAACAAGGUUGUUUUCAUGAAUUUUGAAUUGAGCCCUUAACGAAGACCUUCCUGGGCCUCUUGCGAGUUUUGAGGUGGGAGGAACGGACAGGAAAACGUCAUGAUCCCAAGUGAACUAUUUUCCCUUCCGGUCAAACCUGACUCAGUCAGUAAACGUUGUAUCAAAUGACUGCUACUCUUUUCUCCUUUCUCAUUUCAACUUGCAUCUAUUAAGGCCAUAAGGUUUUCCUGGGCCCUAUUACCCUAUUAGCGCCAUCACGUACGGCUUUCACAGCUUUCAUGUGGGGAUUUCGUAAUAUCUUUUUUGUUUUACGAAAAAGCGCACGAGGGUCCCACGGGUCAUGUUAUGAAGGUUACUUCAGCAGCAGUCUUUCAAUCUGAUAAACCAUUAUAUAUAAUUUCUUUUGGCAUAGUACCUCGCGCUUUUACGAAGUGGAAAUUUUUUUAAUUCUCACCAAUUUCUUUUGUUGCCCUUACCGACGCAGUGAGUGUCUACAAAAGUUUGGUCCUGCUCUUGGCGAAGAGGUCUGGGAAGCAGUUAAUGCUGUCUUUGAUGUUUUACCGCUGGCUGCAAUUGUAGACAACAAGGUAAAAAAACCUGAACAAGAGCGUAGCAGAAAGGAGGCUGAGGGUGGGGAGGGUGGGUGGUACCCCUCCUCGGUGUAAGAAGUAUCAACUUUUGAUAAUAAUACAACCUGAAAUACUCCAAAAAUCGAAAAAGGCGUAGAUUUGUACCCCUUCCCCUCAUUGAAAAAUCCAGCUUUCACCCACCUACGUCAUUUGAUGAUCUUACGUUGAUUCUGAUUGAUCCAUGGCUUGAAAAAUAGGAGGAUACUGGUCCAAACUUCCCGGUUAAUAGCUCUCUAGUAUUAAGUAAUUUUUGGGGAGCAAUCUGUUUGUUUCAUCAGUAAUAGAAUUGCCCCUCAAGCAUCAAUAAGUUAGAUGUUGCGUGAUCUUUAAUCACCUUUUUGUUUUUCGAAGCAGUGGAAGAUGUAACGGUAAUAAGAAAUGCUCCAGAACGAUAUUAUAUUUAUGUUAGCUGUUAGAAAUCGUAGCGAGGAUCAAGUGCAAUUAUUCACAGCAACCCCUGAUUACAUUUUACCAGCAUUGUUAAAUCAUAUGUUUCGAUUUACUUCGCCUGUAUUUGCUCCAUUACCACAAACCUUACCCGACGAUUGGUCGUGUUUCUCUUUUCGUUUGUCGAGAAAUUUCCGUAAAACACCCUUGCUGUUUGUAUUCACAGAUCUUCUGUGUCCAUGGGGGUAUUCCGUUGCCCAGUCAAGGGGGCGGGCUUGUAUCAUCUAUAGACAACAUCCCUGGUGUUCUACCUGAGCCUGAAAAACAAAGUGAGCUGGCCUGGGAACUUAUGUGGGGAGAUCCUUUAAGGUAUUUACUUCGCUAACUGACAUUGUGCUAAUUACAAAGAAUAGAUUGUUGAAUAAAGAAGAAAUAAAGACUGCUUCGACAACGCUUUUUUUACCCCGAGAAACUGCAUAGCAGAGAACUUUCCGAUUGAGUUUCGUUAACGGAAGGCUAAGUACUUACAACGGCCAAAUAAAACAAGGCCUGAUAUUGCAAGUAGCCAAUGAGAAAUCGAAAUCCCAAGCGCGAGAAACACAAGUGAACAAGUAGCGAUGGGUUUCAGUUGUGCCUAUGAUUGGCUGAAAGGAAUGCGCGAGUUUUCACGAUCGUACAACAAACUGAAUCAAAAUUAUUGGAAUCCCGGAUCACUUUCCAUAUUCGAUUAAAGAGUUUCCUAUUUCAUGAAAACAAGUGAGUCGUGAUGCAGUCAAAUCUCUGUGGGAAAGUCACCGUUGGGACCGAUCUUAAGUAUCCGUCUACGGGAUAUAUCCAGCUUUACGAGAGUCGAGGUAACGUAACACAAUGGUUCUCAAAUGAAAAGGCGGAACAUGUAAACAAUUAAUACACGUCUGUUUUUUGUCUGUUUUACUUAAUUUACUAAAGAAAAUUUAUAAACUGGGAAAAAUGUCGUAUCGGAAUUUUACUUCCUCAAAUCGUAAUGUUCUAUUAUAUGUAACACUUCGCGGCACUUCUCAAGAGUCCAGUGACGUGUAAAGGUGUUUGUGGUCCGGUUUUGGAGGAGUCUAAUAGAAUUGAAUUGUAGUAUUCUGACUAACAACAGCACUGACCAUAUUCGGUGUUGUAAUGUGUGUUAAGGUUAAAAGGCUUAAUUUAAUACUCAAGAAUAAACCGAGCAGUUUAUGGGGCCUUAAGGUGAAACCCAAACGAGAGAGCAUUCUCGUAAGCCAAACAUCAAACGGCGGUAAGGGGUCGUGUAGGCGGCGGUGGACGGACAGUAACCGGAUUUCGAUGAAAUCCCUGAGUUAUAGCAAGGAGUCGGUCAGAAGCAUUUUGUGGCCAGAAUGACUUCUUGUCACGGGAUGAACAAGGGAAAGAACAAACGGGAUCCUUUUUUCCUAAACCUUCUCCAUUUUUUCGUUCCCUGCAAUUUCGACCGUUGCUAUCGAAGGAGAGCCUGCAAUAAACUACAUUUGGCGUUGUUUUCAAACGCAUAAUUUUUUUUUUAAACAAUUUUAUUUACAAGACGAUCACUUACACUACUUACAGUAUUAAUUACACUUACAUUGUACUUGCUACUUACACUACUGAUACUUAUACUUACACUAAUUAUGCAUACACUAUAUUACGAUACAUGUAUUACAAUGCUAUUAACAUUAAUUUAAUUUACGGUUGGCGUGUUUACAAAGUUCUUUUCAAUUAAAAGACAAUCACAAGUAAACAUACAGGUCUCAAAAUGCUACAUUUCUUUGGAUAUUUACUUUUGAUAUAGCUUAAACAAAUAUUUAUGAAAUUAAGUAUAAGUCUAACCUAAAAACAAACAGCAGCAUGAAAAAUUAAAGUAAAGAAGCCCACGUGCGAUAAAAUUUCGGAAGUUCUUUUUUUGCAGUCGCGAUCUCUUUUAGGAUUUCAAGUUUUCCCGUGAUGAACAGUAGGAAGAUUUGAAAAUCUAAGAUGUCUCCCCAAAGGCUUGUGCAGAAAAUGUGAUAUUUGGCUAACAAUAGGCAAUAAUUUAGGACUUGCCAAUGCUUUGUCCUAUAAUGCCAGCCAUAGAGUAUAUGACUUGUGGAUAACGUUAUUGUUUCAUUUGUUUUUUGGUGCCACCAGUCUUGAAACAGAAUCCAGAAGUCGAGUAUUAGUGUGCAGUUUAUUAAUAUGUGAUGCAACGUUUGUUUUUCUGUAUUGCAUAGGUUGCGUAGGGGGCUCUCUGAAAUGCCGUCUCGGUAAAGAGUGGCGCGAGUUGGAAGCACGUUAUGAAUCACUUUAUACUGAAACAUUAUUAUUUUAACUUCGUUUGUAACUUUAAAUGGCAUAAGAUAAACGUUCUUGAUGGUAGUUUUUGUAAAUCCGUGGCGUAGAAUUUUGGUUUCGGUAGUGGGAGGAACAAAGACAGUGUUUAAAAGAGAAGAGUAAAUAGAACUGGUUCUUAGGCUGUUUACAGUAGUGUUCGCGUGUGUGACGUUUGGAAUAGGGUUUGUAAGAUUAGCUUUCCAGUCUUUUGGGAUUGCGUUGACCAAGCCAUAGUAUGUGGUGAAAGGCACAUUUAAAUGAAAUUUUGUGACAAAUUCAUGCCACUUCAAAAAUUUCUGAUUUUGGUUUAAAAUGUCGCUUAUCUUAGUAAUACCGGCGUCAUACCAAGUUUGGUAAAAGACAGCUUUUUUUCCUAUAAGAAUUUUUCUGUUAUUCCACUCUAUUUCGUUUUUAGGAUUUGUUUUGGAAUCGAUGCCUGUUGAGAUUUUAAACUCGCACCAAUAAUCUAACACUUUUUUGUAAAAUGCAUGAAGCUUAUCAUCGAGGUCUAGUGUGCUUGGUGUAAAGUUGCAUUUUUUUAGAAAAGCAAGACCACCAUGUUUGUGUAAGAGCUGGUUAGGAAUAAUUUUCCAGGAGGCUUGUGAGUCAUCUUGAAUUCUGUUGACCCAAGCUAUUUUGAGUGCUUUUUCCAUGAUAUUAAAAUCGCACAUUUUCAAACUGCCAUUAUUUCUUUUCUCCAAUUAUGGUGUUUCUUUUUAUUUUAGGGGGUUUUCCUGCUCAAAUAAAGUUGAAAGUUAGCUUAUUUAUUUCUUGGAUAUAGUGAUCUGGAACAGGGAGCACGGGGGCUGAGUAAAUUAACUUAGAUGUCCCAAGUGUUUUGACUAUCUUUAUCUUUCCAUAAAGAGUUGGAUUUCUCCGUUGCCAAGUGAUUAGCGUUUUCUCGAGAUUACGUAUUUUUUCACCGAAGUUCAGUCUAUUAGCACUUUCUUGGUUAUGAGAAAAAAAGACACUAAGGGCAUUGACAGGUUCUUUUGGCCAUUUAAAACAAAAGGGUUCAAACGCAUAAUAAGAUUCUAAAUAUCUAUCGCACAGAACACAUUUUAUUUUCAAAGACUUAAAUAAUUGCAUUCUCAACAUUAUGAAUCAUGAAGUGAUCAACAUGGUAAUUCUCCAUGCAGUAUCACUGACAUGUCAAGCAUGUGGUGAGAAUUGAGAAAUAGUCAUCAAAAAUAUCUCCAAUUUUAAAUAUGUAACAUACUUGAAAGAUUGUAGAAAUAACAGUUUGGUUGCGUCAUUCUCGAAAGUGGAAGGUUUUAUAUAAAUAACAACUUAGCUUUUUUUUGUAAGUUAACACUCGUAUGGAAAAUAAAAUAUGAAUUGUUUCAAUAAUUCCAAAAUAUUUGAUUCGCUCCUUCUCAAAAGGGCGAUAAAAAAAGGCUUUCCCGAUUUCUCUGUUUGUUUUCAUAGAUGGAUUUACGUGAUACUAGCGAACUUGCAAAUAAUUAUGUUAGAAUCUACAAACAUUAAGGAGCUAAUGUAUCACCUCGAGAAAGAUUGGAUAAAGUGGCGCAUAUUACAAACGUAGAGAUUUGAAAAAGUCCAGGUGCAUUUUUGAAGGUGCAGUUAUCCGAUUGCAUGAUCCCUCAGUCAGGUUUUGUAUUAAGCCAAAAUUGACCCAGGCAUAUUUUCCUCGACUUUUCUUUCUUGGAAAAGUUUAACCUAUUUUACAGUGCGCACAAGUCCUCUUCAACUCAAACUGAUAUACUUGUAGCCUUUUUAGUCAAAUUUGCUCUUGACGAACACACUUGUCGAGGAAAAGAGUGAAAAGAAAAGUCUGCUCUAAGAAAAUUUACCUUCUCUAAUAUUAUCUACGAGUUUGUUCUGCUGAUGAAUAUGUAAAUUCAAUGUAAAUGUACCGAUGACGUAUCCACGGCGAGAAGAGAAGCAAAAGGACAUUUAAGUGUCAAAAAGAAGAAGCGUCUUAACGGUAUCGUUCAGCUGGUCCGGUUGCUGUAUUUGUGGCCUUAUUCUUUUCUUUGUGAAGAACUGCGUGCUUAGGAGACUCAUCUUCACUUGUCAUUAAGUUGGACUGAAACCCUUCAUCGUUUUCACUGUCACUACUGGGUGACAUGGGUCCUUCUUCACUGCUCGGUGUCCAGGUGCGGACGUGUUCGUCACGUGCUGACGGAAUAAGCCGGUCCAGAAAAUCACGUGAAACGUCAUAUUUUGUGAAAUCUACUUUGCUAUUGUGAAUGCCAUACAUGAAGUAAAUAGCCAUACCUUCAGAGACAAAAAAUACUGACAGUGAGUAGGUUUUAAUCAAGCACAAUAGUGUCAUUUAAAGCCCCUUGAGGUAUAGCGGGUUAGCUCUUAAAUGCCGAACGAAUGAAUUCGUGGCUAAAAGUGUUAAAACUGUGUGUACUAUGGGACAGAGGAAAAAUCCAGAUAUAGCAAAGACGGCGAGUGAUAUCCAAGAGUAAAUAGAUUGCAAACGAACUAUAUCUCGGAAAACGCGAGUUACCCACUUGUUAUUGUGGUAAGUCUUUUAACUGAUUGGUUUUGUGGGUAGCUCGAGUUUGUUAUGUCAGAAAGAAAUGACACAGCGAGGUGUAAUCGCUGUAAUCCUGGAUUAGUGUCGGCACUCAGUUGCAGAGUGCCUCAAAUAUGGUUUUAAUUUACAACACUCAGUGGUAAUACUCUACAACUUACUCACCAAUAAACAUCCAGGUAGCUACUCGAGCCCAGGUCCAACGGGACAAAUUAGUCAGUAAGUAAAUAUUGGUCAAGAUACUGGUCAGAGGAACGAACGGAGUACAUUGCACUGCAUGAGCAAUCCUAAACUCCUCUGUUGGUAACAUGAACAAUACUGCCAAGGCGAAGAUGACGACAGUGGCCAUUAGGCAACAGGCGAAUAUGAUAAUAGGAUUCUUCUCGGCCACAUGAGGCAAGCCGCUUGCUGGAGAGACGGUCAAAGAGAACCCAUAACCCGCAAAUACGAGGCACGCCGCAGCAAUUCCAGCAACUCGAUGAGUGUCCUUGGUGGGUUUGUCACCAAACUUGGCACUCAAUUUGGUUUUGAUCUCUCGCGCAGCUGAGAUUUGUUUCUUCAUUCCCUCGCGAAGCUUCCCACAGCAAGAAGAGGGUUCGUCGUCAUUCGUGUCGUAAUCUUCUCCGUUUGUUGGAAAUUCUGACCGAGACAUCGGUCGGUAUCGCUCUAGAAGGACAGCCAAGGACACAGCGGUGUACGCCAUGAGUGUUCCAAUAGACAUCAUCUCAACUAAGUCGUUUAGGUUUAGGAAGAGUGCUAUUACUGCUGCACUGAAGCCGAAAAUUAAUCCAGCUCUAAUUGGAACUCGAGUUCUGUCACUAACCUUUGCUAAACUUUGAAACAAAAGUCCGUCAUUGGCCAUGGCAUAAAUAAGACGAGUUCCUGCAUAAUUAAAAGUGAGCAGAGCGGUUGUCAUUCCGAAGAAUCCUCCGAUAGCAACAAAGUAUUUUCCAACUUCGGAACCUGUGUAACCAAAUGCCUCUGUUAGAGGGCUGUUGAAACUAAGUUUAUUGUAGGGAAUGAUUAACGUCAGAACUGCUGCAGUGAUGAGGUAUAUGAAAACCCCAAUAUACGUGCUAACAGAGUUGGCAAACGGAACAACUCUUAGUGGAUUGUCAGUCUCUUCGCUGGCAGAAUUGAUGAUAUCAAAACCAAGAAACGCAAAGUAGGAAAUAGACGCACCAGCCAUGAUUCCAUCGAAGCCAAAAGGUGCGAAUUUGUCAAGUGUCUCCCAAUUGGUAGUGUCCAUGAAGUAAAAUCCUGAGAGUACAAUAAAUAGGACCACCAGCAAAUUGAUCAUAGUCGCAAAUCGCAUGAAAAGGGCUGGUUUUCGCGGCCCUGUAGCAGCUACGACGGUGAAUACAAUAACGACUAAAAAAGCUAUGAAAUCUGGAUAUGGUUGAAAUCCUGCCACGCUCCACUGAGCAACGUUUUCAGUCAUGAAUUUUGAAAUUUUUUUCCCGCUAAUGGAGUUAAGAAAUUUGCUGAAUUCAUUUGCCAGCAGAGCGCUUGCAAGGACGUUUUCUAAAAUUAGAUUCCAACCGAUUAUAAAAGCCCAUAUCUCUCCCAGAGCAAGGUAUGUAUAAACAUACGAGGAUCCUGUUUUCGAGACGCGAGCGGCAAAUUCGGCAUAACAGAGCGAAGACAAAAUCGCCGGGAACGCCGCGAUCAUAAGAGAAAUGACAAUGGCUGGUCCUGCUGUAUCUCGAGCGAUUUGUCCUGUGGCUACGUACAGACCUGGCCCAAGCAUGGAUCCCAUUCCUAAUAGAAUCACAUCCAGUACUGUCAAACACCGGUUGAAAAGCGUGUCAUCUCCCGUUAGAUCGUCCUUCCGUGAACGAAGCAGAAGUUUCAAAAAGUUGAUGCAACUCAUGUUGAAUUCCAAUACAAAAAUCCAAUACAAAAAUCCUGACACAGUUUCUCAAGGCCAGCAGUUAGAUUUCGGUUGAAAGAAGGACAUGAAAUCCUUAAAUUCGUUGUUUGGUGUUGCAGUAUUUGGUCACUGAAUCAAACCAUCAAUUAUAUAACAACAGUUUGAAGUUAAGCACAUUGCUUGAUUUCGCUCAUUUCUUGUGCACAUUCCCUUUUAUAGCUGUUUUCUCCGACAACCACGACAGGAGGAACUUAAAGAACUAAAACAACGGGACCUAGGAUUCAUUUAAAGAACUAAACUUUCUCGACGCUUCCUAUGCGGCUGAAGCGUCCUUAGGCUCUCUGCAUCAAUGAUCACAGUUUAAUGUUAACAUAAAUUUUCUUUCCGCAAAAAUUAACUUUCAAAUGAGCUUUGUACGUGUCAGCUUUGUUGUCUUUUCAGUUUGUUUUGUUCACCUCAUAUAACGUCGUGCGUGCAUUUGUGUAAACGUUUGGGACAAAUGGAAGGGACAUUUAAUCCUUGAAAUUACUUUUAAAGCGAUCGUCAAAAGAAGAAGGUUAAUCCCCUCUUUUGCUCAGAUUUAUUCGUUCGUCUUUAUAUUCAAGUGAGCGGCUUUUGUUCAAAUGACUUUCAAAUGUGAUAACAGUAUUGUUCUUAUGCGUGGAGCCGGUAUUAGUUCGCCCUUGGCUGAUUUCUUUUUUAUGCAGAUAGGAAAGGCUUUUUGUGACGUAAUGUGAUUCAACUCACACCCACUUAUUGUUAUUACUUUAUCGCUGAAAGCUUCGAAAAUAACACUUGACGCAUUUAGAAUGACAAGAUUGCUGAUGUGUUGUCAUGAAAACGACAUUAUUUUCACUAAACAUUGUGGAUUAAAUUCCCAGUGGUAAAAUACAGCCUUUAUUUGUAAAAGGAUGCCUUAAGUCUUACAUUUUUGGAAGCAAUUGCAGCAGAAUGUAUUUAAAUAAACUCCAAUUUUUGGAGUUUCCCUUUUUUUCCUUCCCUUCCUUCUCGAAAGUGACACUACUUCCCGUUUGUAAACCUCCAAGCUCCUGUUUCGCUGUCUCAUCCACUUCCGGUAAUCUUACCCAAUCUAAACUAACCUCACUUUGCAAGAAAAAUUUGGAGGAAUCACCUUCCGCCAGAUAGGAGGUCUACCUUUGUUUGUUUGUUUUUUAAAGACGUAUUUUGCAUUAACUUUGCAAUUAAUGGACCCCAGAGAAGCAGCAGUAGAGUGCGAUCAGGUAGUGUGAAACAUUAGAAGUAAGAAAAUCUUACACGUAGUUUGAUUCAAAGUCCGGUCAGUUAUUGGAGUAGAUUGUGUGUGAUUAAAAUCAUCACUUUUACAGGGCAGAAGAUGUGACUCCCGACAUUUUGGAGAAACUCAAACAAAACGAGGGAUUCACAGCCAAUAGCAGGCGAGGUACUGCUUACUUGUUUAGGUAGGAUGGACCUUUUCUUGUCGUUAUGUUAAGGAAACGAUGGGGAGUUGGGAUAUAUCAUUCGGGCUGGCGUUGAUCACGAAAUCAUCAAUUUAUUAUUUCACGAGUACGCUUUGAACGCCAAAUGAUAGAUAGCCAACGAGGCUCGUAGGACCGAGUUGGCUAUUACCAUCUUAUAUCCAAUAAGCGCUCGUGGAAUGAUUGCUUAACCAAAAACGCCCCAAAAUAUUGUUAAGUCUUCCCAACUUUAUUAUGUAAGUACAAAUUUUUUCUCCAAUUUAAUUUUGAGCUGAUGCAUAGACUUACCAUAUUUAGAGAGCAUGGUAUGAUGGCUCAUAACCCAUGAUGGCUAGGCCAAUGAAACUCUUGAAUCACAUUAUCCAAUUAUCCAGUUUUUAAUUAAAAACCAAAAAUCUCUAGCGUUGAUUCAAUUGUACAAGUUUCCAACAAUCUGAUUGGUCUGCAAAUCCACAUAUUUCGUUAUUAUCACCGCUCCAGGCGAUCCCUCAUAUAAAGGGGUAAGUUUGUAAAGAAACUGUGGUGCUGCGUCAGGAAGGGGGGUGUAACGAAAUAAAUUAUUUUAUCAACUGAUAAUUUGAAUCGGCCACCGUAAACAGUGUCAAAAGCUGACAUACCUCUUACUAGCGGACAAAACUGGUGUAGUAAAAUAUUUGUCAUAUCUAUGGGUUUAAAUGAAUGGAGGAAGAUUUCAAUUCAAACAACAUUUUUAAUUCAGCGGUCCGUACAGUGAAAUAUAACCCUCUAUUGACCAAUCCUAGCGCACGAACUAACUGAGAGAUAUGAUAAACACUCGAGACACUCAAAACUACAGUGGAGUCUUCAUACUGCCUCGGUGUGAAAGCGAGGUUACCCGAACUGUACCACCCGUCCGCUUUUGUUUAUUUUGCAGCGCGGACGCCUUGGAUGCUUUCUUGAAGAGGAACCAUCUUACUCACGUGAUCAGAGCGCAUGAAGUACAGCAAGCUGGCUUUCAGGUCUGUUAAUAUCACUUUAGCGUCAUUUGAUAUGUAAAUAACAAAGCAAACGGUUUAACCCUUUACACCCUAACAUUAAUAUUCUCCACACUGUUCUCUACAUUUUCUAUGGUAAAGACAAGGAGAAUUUGUUAGACAAUCAGGACCUUCUGAAUCGGUGAUCCUUUCUAUUAUUCUCGUGCUGUGAGGAGAAAUUAGAAGCCAAUCACUUGUAGGAGUUAAAGGGUUAAAAUGAAGUGAGGUAAUUUUCACGUGCUCUGCCUGGUCGAACAAUAACAGUCCCAGGUGGUAUGCAGAGCAAUUGUCUCUCGAAUGUCGAAAGAAAACUGGGAUGAUCACACUCGGUGAUUCGAUUGAAAACACUGUACCACUUUAUUAGAUGUAAAUAUACAACCAACCGUAUCUUGGUGUAUACGUAUUCACGCCAGUUCUCACAACUGGUAUAUUUUCCUUCGUUCUGAUUUCAUGUUUUUCAACACAUUUUGUUUUUGGUCUCAUUUCAAUCAAUGCCGCAGCGCUCCGUUUCAAUGCUCUAUUUGUUAACAUUGGCCAAUUCUGUGAUUCUGGAAGUUUCGAGUGAAUGCAAUAAGGUUAACAAUCAUGAUUAUUGACACUUUUUUAAAAUUAUUUUUUUAAUCAAUUUUUUUACAUUUUUUUAAUGUUUUUUAAUAAGUUUUUUACUUAUUUCUAAAAACGUUUAAUUAUUUUUAAUUUUUAAUUUUUUUUAACAAUUAUUUUUAAUUUUUAAUUUUUUUUACAAUUAUUUUAAAUUUUUAAUUUUUUUUACAAUUAUUUUUAAUUUUUUAAAAUUAAUUUUUCUAAUAAUUUUUAAACGCUUUUUUAAAAUGAUUUUUUAAACAAUUUUUUUAAUUAUCUUUUAAACGAUUUUUCAUUAAAAAAUUUUUUAAAUAAUUUUUAAAAUCAUUUCUUAAAUGAUUUUUUUAAAAUAAUUUUUAAUUUUUUUGGAAUAAUUUUUCUUAAAAUUAUUUCUUGAAUUAAUUAUUUUUUAAUUAAUUUCUUAAAACUGCACUAGUGAGCGGCACUUUGCGAACAGUAGUUUCGUCUAAUUGUCGUAGACUUCUUCAAGGAGUUUUACAAGUUAAAAUUAAACGCCUGUAUUUACAAGCCAUAGCGGCUAUACGGGGCCAAUGACCAUAAAGGCUUGGCCGGACCUACGAACAGGAACAGGCGAAGUUGUGAAAAAUUUCAACAUUUUUUGGGCAAGGUGGGAAAAAUAUUUUGGGGGCCACGGUUUUAGCUAAAACUGAAGCCGUUCCGCUUAAUUUUUCUAUUAACACCCCCCCGCCCCCCUCCCUCCCGCCUCUCUUCACUUCAAGAAGCUUCAAAUUUCAAAUUAGACUUCUUUCUAUGCUCCAUAUUCUGGCCAAAUUUUAUUCAACGAAUGCUCAACGGAAAGCGUUUACUCGAGAUUGGGACUAAUUAAAAUUAUUCACGGUUCCGUGACAUUUGAGUUCCGUUCACGCUUGGUUCUCAAGUGAUACUACUUCUCUUGUAUACUGCCAAACCUUUACUGGGACAACAUUGCUUAUAACAGCCGGUAGAUUAAAAAAUGUCCACUGUUCACUCUAGGCUUAACGAUAGAGAGAUAAAAGCUGCUAAACGUGAGCUAAUCGUGGGAAUAAAGGUAAAACUACUGACAACAUCUUUACUCUAACUUUCUCGUUUUCAUUGACUCGAAGGUUCAACAGAAUGGCAAACUGCUGACCGUGUUUUCGUCGUCGCAAUACUGUGGGGGGUCCAAUGAAGCAGCCUGCAUCCUGGCAUAUCAGAACAAACUGCGCACAAUCCGACUGGAUACCACGUGAUCGACCACAGCCUUUCAGAGCUAACUCGGUUAAACCAACCAUGGAUGAAGAACUCAUCAUCAUCAUCAUUGCUACUCGUUGCUCAUAUGUUGGUUUGUUUAUUUCUCAGUUAUGUUUUAAUAUUAUCCUUCACUAGAGUAAAUUAUUUUUUAAUAACAAAAUAUAAAAAUUAAUUUAAAAUUUUGUAACAGAAGUUAGUUAGUCUUUCGUUUAGUUAAACGAACUGUUCCACUGAAACGCACAAGUUUGUUUUUCAAGAACAGGAAUUAUCUUCAUUAAGGGGGA